UAAUAUUUAUAGUUUUAUAAAAUUAUUUAGACCAUAUAAAUGAGACUUUUUAAUGCUACUUUAAAUUUUUCAAAAAUAAUAAAAAAUAUGCCAAAAAAAAAUACAAAACAAGUUCAAGGAAAAUUAGAGGCUAUUCAGACUGGACCUAUAACUGUCGAUAAAUCGGGAGGAAUUGUUAUAAAAAUAAAUGCCAAACCUGGUGCUAAAAAUAAUAACAUAACAGAUAUAUGUUCUGAUGGCGUUGGUGUUCAGAUAAAUGCUCCUCCAACUGAUGGUGAAGCUAAUGCAGAAUUAAUAAAAUAUCUUUCAAAAGUAUUAGGUUUAAGAAAAAGUGAUUUAAGUUUAGAUCGAGGUUCAAGAUCAAGAAAUAAAAUUUUAAUAGUACAAACUUCAUUAGGCGUAGAAGGCAUCACCGAAAAAAUUAACCAAGAAAUUAAAGAAAAUCAUUAACAGAAUAUAAUUAACUUAAAAUGGAUUUAAAAAUAACUAUAAAAUAUAAUUGUAAAAAGACACUGUUAGUAUACUUAUAUAUCAAUUAAUCAUUAAUACAAUUAUAUGUAACAUCUAUAUUGAAUGUGUAAUGGACCAAGUAAUAUUUAUGGCUAAUACAUAUUUAUGUAUAUUGCAUCAAUUGGACUGACCUCAUAAUUGAUAUUUUAGAACUUUUGUAUGGGAUACAAAAAUUAUUAGUUAUAUUGAAACUUACCACAGAUAAUAUAUAAAAUGUGUUGUAGACUAAAUUGGAUGCAAAUGUACCUCUAUAUAAUUAACUGUCUAUACAAUAUUUCAUUUCAGUCAUUUCACUAACUAUACUGCCAAUCAAUAAAUUACCUAAAAAAUCAAAUAUUUC